GGGAUUAAGGGGCUGGCGGGGGAUUACGUAGCUGCUGCGGCUCCCGGCACGGAGCUCCCUCCCGGCACGGCUGCUCCUCGGGGCACGGAGACACACUGCACCCGUGGGUGCCCACCGGCAAGGGUCUGCGGCAGGUUUUUGGCCGCCCGCCCUGCACUGGAGAGCCCUGACAGCACCCGGCAGCAGAAGCAACGUUCCUGGGGCACAGGCAACCGGGGUCACCCGGGGCUCGGCCCCACAGCGGCAGAGUGCCCAGCCCAGCAGCAUGGCAGGGGCUGUGUGGGACCCCCCCCGGGGCAGCAGGAAGGGCAGAGAACCCCCGCACCCCACCGGCCGGUCCCCUUGCUGAUGGUUGGCACGUGGAGGAUGGGGCCCUGGGCUUUCCCAUGGAUGACGCUUUGGCUCUUCUGCCUCCUGCCCUCUGCCAGGGCCCAGACGAAGAUCCCACUGGAGAUUGUGAAGUCUUGGGCAGAUGCCUUCAGUGGGGAGCUGUACUCUGUUGUGACUAAGUAUUCAGGCUCUCUCCUGUUGCAGAAGAAGUACAAAGAUGUGGAGCCAACUCUGAAGAUCAAAGAGGUGGAUGGCUUGGAGCUGGUGAAGAAGUUCUCAGAGCAGAUGGAAAGCAUGCUCCGUAGGAAGGUCGAAGCCGUUGAGAGGUUGGUGGAAGCAGCAGAAGAUGCAGAUCUGAACCAUGAGUACAACUCCUCACUGAAGUUUGAUUACUAUAACUCUGUCCUGAUUAAUGAGAAGGAUGAAAAUGACAAUUACGUGGAUCUUGGAGAUGAAUUCAUUUUGGAGCCAAAUGAGCAUUUCAAUAACCUGCUGGUGAACACAACAUACAGUGAUAUCCAGCUUCCCACCAACGUCUACAACAAAGACCCUGACAUUCUGAAUGGCGUUUACAUGUCAGAAGCCUUGAAUCCUAUUUUUGUGGACAACUUCGAAAGGGAUCCCACGCUGACCUGGCAGUACUUCGGCAGCUCCACUGGAUUCUUCAGGCUCUACCCAGGAAUAAAGUGGUUACCAGAUGAGAAUGGAGUCAUCUCCUUUGACUGCAGGAAUCGUGGCUGGUACAUCCAAGCAGCCACCUCUCCCAAGGACAUUGUCAUCAUUGUGGACGUCAGUGGGAGCAUGAAGGGCCUGCGGAUGACCAUUGCCAAACACACCAUCACCACCAUUUUAGAUACUCUGGGAGAAAACGAUUUUGUCAACAUCAUUGCAUAUAAUGAUUAUGUUCAUUUUAUUGAACCCUGUUUUAAGGGCAUCCUGGUCCAAGCAGACAGAGAUAACAGAGAGCACUUCAAGCAGCUGGUGGAUGAACUGCAGGCAAAAGGAGUGGGGACAGUGAACAAGGCUUUGACAGAGUCCUUCAAAAUCCUGAGGGAGUUCAGAGACGCUGGUCAAGGAGGCUUGUGUAACCAAGCUAUCAUGCUGAUCACAGACGGAGCAGUGGAGGAUUACGAAGCUGUGUUUGAAAAAUACAACUGGCCAGAUCGGAAGGUCCGGGUUUUCACUUACCUCAUUGGACGGGAAGUCACUUUUGCCCCCAACGUGAAAUGGAUUGCCUGUAACAACAAAGGCUACUACACUCAAAUCUCAACGCUGGCGGAUGUUCAGGAAAACGUGAUGGAGUACCUGCAUGUGCUCAGCCGUCCCAUGGUCAUCAACCACGACCAUGACAUUAUUUGGACCGAAGCCUACAUGGACAGUGCGCUCUUUGCAUCUCAGGCUCAAAGUCUGUUGCUCAUGACAACAGUGGCUAUGCCAGUCUUCAGCAAAAAGAACGAGACGCGAUCUCAUGGUAUCCUCCUGGGUGUGGUGGGCUCUGACGUACCACUGAGGGAGCUGUUAAAACUUGCUCCACGGUAUAAGCUGGGUGUCCAUGGAUACGCCUUUCUUAACACCAACAACGGAUACAUCCUUUCACACCCAGACCUCCGUCCUUUGUAUAAAGAAGGAAAGAAACUGAAGCCUAAGCCAAACUACAACAGUGUAGAUCUCUCAGAAGUGGAAUGGGAAGACCAGGAUGAAAUACUGAGAACUGCCAUGAUCAAUGGGGAAACAGGCUACCUCUCUAUGGAUGUGAAGGUCCCUGUGGAUAAAGGGAAACGAGUUCUCUUCCUCACCAAUGAUUAUUUCUUCACGGACAUCAGUGACACACCCUUCAGCCUGGGUGUUGUACUGUCCAGGGGACACGGGGAGUACAUUCUGCUGGGGAACACUUCAGUGGAAGAAGGUUUGCAUGACCUGCUCCAGCCAGACUUGUCUUUAGCGAAUGAAUGGAUUUACUGCAUCACUGACAUUGAUCCAGACCACCGGAAACUCAACCAGCUGGAAGCUGUGAUCCGUUUCCUCACCGGAGAGGAGCCUGACCUGGAAUGUGAUGAGGAGUUGGUCCAGGAAGUGCUGUUUGAUGCAGUGGUUACUGCACCCAUGGAGGCCUACUGGACAACAUUAGCCCUCAAUAUGUCCGUGGAGACUGAGACAGGUAUUGAGAUGGCAUUUCUGGGCACUCGGGCUGGACUCAUGAGGAGUGCCCUAUACGUGGGCUCUGAGAAAAUUUCCAACAAGAAAUUCCUGACACAGAAGGACAAGGAAAGCAUCUUCACUAUGGACCACUUCCCUCUGUGGUACCGCCGGGCCGCCGAGCAUCCCUCCGGGAGCUUCAUCUACAGCAUUGUGGCAGAAGACGAUUCAGAGGGAGGUGGCCUACCAAAAGUGGUGACAGUGAGCACAGCUGUGGCUGUGUCUGUGGAUGGGAAGAUGGGUAUUGCUGCAGCUGUGGGUGUGCAAAUUAAGCUGGAGUUGCUCCAACGCAAGUUUUGGAUGGCCAUGCAACAGCCCAAUGACACUGAUUGUAGUGCCUUCGAUGGUGCCUGCCCACUAAGCUGUCAGGAUGAUAUACUGAAUUGCUUCCUCAUUGAUAACAAUGGCUUUAUACUUGUUUCCAAAAGACUUGCAGAGACUGGAAAAUUUUUGGGUGCAGUGGAAGGCUCAGUAAUGACCCAGCUGCUAAACAUGGGCAUGUUCAGGCGGGUGACCAUGUAUGAUUAUCAAGCAAUGUGCAAAGUACCCUACCACCACCACAGUGGAGCCCGGCCUCUGCUCAGCCCAAUUUAUGCCUUUCUAGCUGCAGUGAAAUGGCUGAUAAGUGAUUUCCUCAUCUUCCUUUUGGAGUUUAACAUGAGUAGCUUCUGGCACUCAGACAACCUGGCAGAUGCCAAGGCUGUCUUCCAUCACUCUCACAGGCACAAGAAGCACGACACCUUGCAGCCCUGUGACACCGAGUACCCCGUUUUCGUGUAUGAGCCGGCCAUCAAGGAGACCAAUGGGCUGAUUGACUGUGGAGAUUGCCAAAAGAUGUUUGUGGCACAGCAGAUCACCAACAGUAACCUGCUGCUCCUCGUCACAGAUGCUGUCUGCGACUGCAGCAUCUUCCCACCUGUCCUGCUGGAUGCAAAAGAGGUCAAAUAUAACGCUUCAGUGAAGUGUGAACGGAUGCGGUCCCAGAAGCUGAGGCGGCGGCCGGACGCGUGCCACGCGUUUCACCCUGAGGAAAAUGCCCAGGACUGCGGUGGCACUGCCGAGCUGUCUGUCUCACCGAUGCUGCUCCUUCUGCCCCUGGUGCUGCUCCUGCGGUGACACCGCCUGCAAAGCGCCUUACGCGGCAGAGAACCGGGAGGACUGGGCUUCUGCUGGCCCGAGCGGCAGGAGGGGAGGAGGUGGGGGCGCAGGCCAUCCUGGGGUGCCCACUGCAGCUCCCUGGGGAGACAGAGUGUUACCGACGUGGCACAGUGCAUCCUGCAUCCUUCACCACAGGGUCCAGCGUGGUGCCGAUC